AUGCCGACGACAGUAGCCAUCGCUGGGCUCACGGGCAAAUUUGCGCAAUGUAUAGCAAGCAUGCUGCAGACAUAUCCAGAUGUAUCUAUUCGAGGCUUUUGUCGGAGCCCAGAGAAGCUGCCUCAAUGCCUUCUGUCGAAGAGGAAUAUUGAGAUCAUCAAAGGCGAAUUCGAUGAUGAGACUGCCGCACUUGAAUUUGUGCGAGGAGCCGACGUGGUCAUCUGCUGCUAUUUUGGCAGUCCGGAAGUGAUGGUGCGGGGACAGAGGGUGCUGGUAGAUGCUUGUGAAGAGGCCGGUGUCUCUCGAUAUAUUGCCAGUGACUUCGCUGUGGAUUACACAAAGAUUCCUGCCAGUGCUCUCUUCCCGAAGGAGUCGGCUCGAAUCAUCAGGGACUACCUCGCUUCAAAGAAAGUUGCAGGAGUUCACAUCCUGACAGGUGUCCUGAUGGAGACAUUCUGGAGCGAGUUCUUUGGAUGUUGGGAUCGCGGGACCCGGUCCCUCUCUUUGUGGGGCACGGGCGAGGAGAAGUGGGACUUGACAACCUACGAAACAGCAGCUGCUUACACAGCGGCUGUAGCACUUGAUAAAAGUGCAGUUGGAAUCUUACGCUUUCGGGGUGACCGAAAAAGCUUGCUAGAGAUCAAGGAGAUCUUUAACGAGGUGUAUCAUGCCCCAAUUCACCUUGUGACACUAGGAUCAGUCAAAGAGCUAUAUGACACAGUGCAGGAGUUGUUUAACAAUAAUCCAAGUGAUGUGAUGAGCUGGGCACCAAGUGUUCCCCAUCAUCCAUGGAUUGAUCUCUUACCAGUGGCCGAGCUUCGUGACAAUCUGUUGUGUCAAAGCGAGACUACAUACGACGCCGCUCAGCUCUGUCGCGAUAUGCAGGGUUUCCAAUCCGUGAGCAGCGGGCGCGGUGGUGUGAUUGUAUGGGGGGAGCCGUGGGAUCAGCAAGGUUGGGAGGUGACCGAAGCAUUUGUGCAGAAGUGGCCCUGGGUAGUUCGUGGCAGUCGUAGCUUGCUUGAGUCGACAAACUACUGGCGCGCGAAACGGGGAGAACCUGCUCUUUACUUCCAGGACUAUCCGGCAGCCACUUAUGGAGCUCAUCCGCGCAUCCAUGAGAUUGAGGAGGACUUGGAAUCUCCGCUUUGA